GACGCGCGACCCCGCGAUGGGCCCCGGGGCGCGGCUGGCGGCGCUGCUGGCGCUGCUGGCCCUCGGGGCAGGGGACCCCGCGGCCGCCACCGCGCGGGAGGACACCUUCUCCGCGCUGACCAGCGUGGCGCGCGCCCUGGCGCCCGAGCGCCGGCUGCUGGGGACACUGAGGCGCUACCUGCGCGGGGAGGAGGCGCGGCUGCGCGACCUGACCAGAUUUUACGACAAGGUGCUUUCUUUGCACGAGGACGCGACAGUCCCCGUAGUGAACCCUCUGCUUGCCUUUGCUCUCAUCAAACGUCUGCAGUCUGACUGGAGGAACGUGGUGCACAGUCUGGAGGCUGCUGAGAACAUCCGAGCCCUGAAGGAUGGUUAUGAGAAGGUGGAGAAAGACCUUCCCGCUUUUGAGGACCUUGAGGGAGCAGCGAGAGCCCUGAUGCGCCUGCAGGAUGUGUACAUGCUCAACGUGAAGGGCCUGGCCCAGGGUGUCUUCCAGAGGGUCACGGGCUCCUCCAUCACUGACCUCUACAGUCCCAGGCAACUCUUCUCCCUCACAGCGGAUGACUGCUUCCACAUAGGCAAGGUGACAUGCAAAGAGGACCAACUGCUGAGGUCUACCUUCUUCCGGGUGGCCUAUGACAUGGGGGACUACUACCAUGCCAUUCCGUGGCUGGAGGAAGCUGUCAGCCUUUUCCGAACAUCUUACGGACAGUGGAAGACGGAAGAUGAGGCCAGUCUGGAUGACGCCCUGGAUUACCUGGCUUUUGCCUGUUUCCAGGCAGGAAAUGUUUCAUGUGCCCUCAACCUCUCCCGAGAGUUCCUUCUCUACAAUCCCGAUAAUAAGAGGAUGGCCAGGAACGUGUUGAAAUACGAAAGACUCUUGGCAGAGAGCACUCAUCAGGAGGCAACUGAAGUUGUCAUUCAGAGACCCAACGUGCCUCACCUGCAAACCAGAGACACGUACGAGGAGCUAUGCCAGACCCUGGGCUCCCAGCCCACACACUACCAAAUCCCCAGCCUCUACUGCUCCUACGAGACCAAUUCCAGCCCCUACCUGCUGCUCCAGCCCGCCCGCAAGGAGGUCAUUCACCUGCGGCCCUUUGUGGUUCUCUACCAUGACUUUGUUAGUGAUGCGGAAGCUCAGAAAAUCCGAGAGCUUGCUGAACCCUGGCUCCAGAGAUCCGUGGUGGCUUCGGGGGAAAAGCAGUUACCAGUGGAGUAUCGCAUCAGCAAAAGUGCCUGGCUGAAGGAUACCGUUGACCCAAUGCUGGUGACCCUCGACCACCGCAUUGCUGCCCUCACAGGCCUUGACAUCCAGCCUCCCUACGCAGAGUACCUCCAGGUGGUGAACUAUGGAAUCGGAGGGCAUUAUGAGCCUCACUUUGACCACGCUACGUCGCCAAGCAGCCCCCUGUACAGGAUGAAGUCUGGGAAUCGAGUUGCAACAUUUAUGAUCUAUUUGAGCGCAGUAGAAGCUGGAGGAGCCACGGCCUUCAUCUAUGCCAACUUCAGUGUUCCUGUGGUUAAGAACGCUGCACUGUUUUGGUGGAACCUGCACAGGAGUGGAGAGGGAGAUGGUGACACACUUCAUGCUGGCUGUCCUGUCCUGGUGGGAGACAAGUGGGUGGCCAACAAGUGGAUACACGAGUAUGGACAGGAAUUCCGAAGACCCUGCAGCACCAACCCUGAAGACUGAAGCAUUGGCAGGUGGCAGCUUUCAGUCAGAGAAGCCAGGAGACCAAGCCACGGGCAGAGAGGAGCGCAGCUUCCCGAAGGCAGGCCUCGUGGCAAGGCCUUAUGAGUGGAAGCUAAGGGAUGCUUCUACCAGGAACGCUCCCCGCCGCCGCCCCAGAAUUUGAAUUUGGUUCUACUCCAGCUGUGAGUCUUAGAAUGGACAAUACAAAGAGGUCUGAGAUGUUUGCAGUGCUCAGAAGCCCUUGGGAAUGAAACAGAUGAACUCAGUAUAGAACACUUGUUUAGUAUGUGCAAAUACCUACCUGGGUUUUGUUCACUAGCACUGAACAAAUGCUACACACACAUACACCACACACACACACACACAUACACACACACACACACACACACACACACACACACACAUACCAUCUGGAAAACUAUUGGGCUGCUCCUGUUGGAGCGUCUGACUCUGAGGUCCCCACCCCCAUUAUCACUGAGUAUUAUUAUUUUUUUAAGGUGGAAAGCAAUUUGUUUUCUUUUUAUGAGUUCUGAUUGUCAUUAAAAUGUUUUUAAAUCA